AACGGGAGUCUCGAGAGCAUGAGGAGCCGACCACAUCAGAGAUGACAGAGGAGACCUACCCACCCAAGGCCUACCGGCCCAAGCACGGGCGCCUCUCUGAGCUCAAGGCUGAAGCCCUGAAGAAGGACCGCCGGAAGAAGCUGACCCUGGCCAAGUUCGUGGGCAUUGCCGAGAACACAGCACACCCACGUGUUGUCAUCCCUGAGCUCCGGCAAGAGUUUGAGCUGGGCCCCUGCCGCAGGCACAUGGAGGCAUCCCUGCAGGAGCUAAAGAGCAGCCAGCGGAUGGUCCCUCGCGCUGUCCACCUCCCCAACUGUGACCGCAAGGGCUUCUACAAGAGAAAGCAGUGCAAGCCCUCCCGAGGCCGGAAGCGUGGCUUGUGUUGGUGUGUGGACAAAUACGGCAUGAAGCUGCCGGGGACUGACUACCUGAGCGGAGACCUGCAGUGCCAUGCGUUCGACAGCAGCAAUGUGGAGUGAAGUCACAUCCCCUCCCUCCACCCCAUCACUACCUACCCAGACUCCCUUCCACCCUCCCCUCUGCACCUCCCCAUGCCCCAGGACUCUGAUUCCUUUCAUCUCAUGUAAGAAAAAAGAAAGGAAAAGAAAAAAGAGAAAGGAAGGAAAAUGAAAAAAAGAGCAAGGGAAA